AUGUCCGGAAAGUGGUACAAUCUCGAGUCGCAGACGGAUGAUGCGGUCUUUGGCGGGGAAACAUCAGCGUUCUCAAGUCUGGGUUUGACGCGUAGUCAAAGAUUAGGAGGGUUCUUUGCUUGCUUCUUGGGCGGUCUGGCCGUAUCGCUGCUCGGAGCGAUCCUCCUUUUCCUCGGCGCGACUGGCGCUUUCGCAACGCUCUUCGCAGUUGGCGGGAUCCUAUCGCUCGUCGGGACAGGCUUCCUCGUGGGCUUCUCGAAACAGCUCAAGACAAUGUUUAAGCCCGUCCGAGUGGUUGCUACUGUACUCCUCUUCGCUUCAAUCGCCAUGACAUUCGUCAGCGCGUUCGUGCUCCCAGCGAUAUUGUGCAUCGUCUUUGUUAUCAUCCAGUACCUCGCAUACCUAUGGUACUCUCUGUCUUAUAUCCCGUAUGCGCGUACUCUGGUCAAGAGUUGGGUGGGCAGGUAG